GAGAGAUGACGAUACGAUCGGAUUUGCGAUUGCGUCGAGCCGAGCCGAGCCUUGGGGUUUUGUUUGGAUUAAUUGUAUUGUUCAGGUUCGCCAUUGUUGUUGGAUAGUGCUAUGAAUCUCUUGUAUAUCUCCGUCGAUCAAUAAUAUCUCUCUUCCCACUUCUUCCCCCCUUUCCUGUAAAUUUUGUAAAACCUCUCUUCUUUGUUAACAUCCAUGUCUACCAAAAUAAUACAAUCAAUGUUCAUAAAUUCCCUAUUGAAAAACGCUUCUGGUCUCAAUUGAUUCCUCUUUUGUUCUUCCGUUUUCUGUAUCGAAUUUGUUCCGUGAAAGUGAAGUAAUGCAGGAAGAUCAAGGUCAAUAAAUUUGAAAUCAAGACUAUAAAGCUGAUCAGCUUUAGGAAUUGAAUCGGGAAUCGGGAUGUGUUUUCGUCGGCCGGCGAUAACCAGAUCGGAACCCUAAGAGAGAUUCGUUUCAGAUUUUUAAAACUAAAUUUAGGGCAAUGCAAAGUUGACUAAAGCCUUCCGGUAAGAUCGAGACGGCGAAUUUCGAUGCGAGACUGACAAUGGGAUUAAAUCAAUUAGGGCUAAACGACGAAUUCAUUUAUAUAAGCUAAUAAAUUCCCUUUCAAGUUGUACGCCAACGGUCUAAUUGUAUUAUUGAGCAGAUUUUCUUCUCCCAGAGAGACAGAGAGAUGAUGAAGAGGAAAGAGAAACCGGAGAUGUCUGAAUCUACGGCGGUUGCAGAGGAGGAGAAGGAAGACGAUGAAGAUGAAGGAAGCGCAACGAAUUGAACGGCUUCUUUUCAUGCUAUCUCUUGGCCUCUGCCUGCCCUCGUUUCCAAGGCCAUACCUAUAUCGGAUUCACAGUGAACCCUAAACGUAGAAUCAGGCAGCACAAUGGUGAAAUUAGAUGUCGUGCGUGACGAACUAAGAGGAAGAGACCAUGGGAGAUGGUGUUGUGCAUCUAUGGCUUUCCCACUCAAGUCUCUGCCCUUCAGUUUGGAUGGGCCUGGCAGCAUCCGAGUGAGUCGUUGGCUGUAAGAAGUGCUGCUGCAGGCGUUGCCAACAAAGUUAAACUUGCAUACACAAUGCUCACACUUCCAGCUCGGUGCAGCUUGAAUAUCACUAUAAACUACAUCUCGACAAAGUACAUGAAGAACACGGCCAGUUGCUCAAGUUUGCCCGAGCAUAUGAAGGUCCAAGUUUCUCUCAUCAAUGAGCUUCCAUGCUAUUCUGAAGGAGAUCAAGGUGAGCUUGAAAACAAAGAACUUGAAGAAAUGUAUCAUUUCCAAGUAUAUGGAUCGAUGAAAGUUGAAAUUCCUCGAAAGUCGAUGGAUUACCAAACAGGUACAGAUGGAAUACCUAAUGAACUGCAUGGAUGCGAAAAAGAACUCGAGGGCAACAAACGAGUGCUGCCUCGUUCAUGUACUCCUUAUAAUGAUGUAGAUAUGUCUUAUGACUUGCAUGGAUGUGGUAAAGAACUCGAGUCUCCUCCAUGUUCUCCAUCUUAUAUCGUUGCAGUUAUGUCCGGGGCCGAAAUGAUCAAUGAAUACGAGGAAGACCGACUAGAAGGUAUUGGUAUGAACUUGCAGCAACAACAACCUGGUAGAAAAAGGAAUUUAACAUCAUGACCAAUUCUCCUACGUUUAUCCAAUUGUAGAACAAAUGGAUGGAUUUGGAU